AUGUAUUUCUCUUUUGAAACAAUUCCAGCCUUUGUGUGGGUAUUCAUAGCUACAUAUGUUAUUUAUUGGAUUAAGAAGCCAAGAUUAAGUAAAAAUGAACCUCCAAUGGUUCCGUACAAAAUUCCAAUAAUUGGCCAUACAUUAGAUUAUUUACUUAAUGCCGAAAAUUUCUUGGCCGAAUGUAGACAAAAAUACGGUGAUCCUUUCAAUAUAUAUGUAUUCGGUCAGGUGAAUACUAUAGCUGGAAACGAAACUAUUCAUGAAGUUUAUGACUCCGAUACUUUUAAUUUGCUCAGUGCAACGCGAGAUGUAUUUCCUUUGUAUCGUGUUUUAAAAAGCGUUUUGGAUCCUGGAACGACGGAACAAUUGGUCAAAACGAUACGUGAAGGAAUCACUUCAAAAUUACCUUUAUACACUGGAAGAAUACAAAAAAAACUUAUGAUUUCUAUUAAUAAGGAAAUUGGAGAUUGUUCUAACCCUAAAUUAAUUAACACGGCGAAUGAUAAUUUCUCAAGCAUGAUCGCUCGUCCAGUAGCUGAUGUUUUGGUUGGACAGAAACAUUUGAAACCUGUAUUAGAGAAAAGAUUGAAAGAUAAAAAAAUUCUUGGUGAUAAAUAUGAACCACCUUUGGAUAUAAUUGAAUAUAUUUUGAAUAAUCCUGAAUACGAAACAAAAGUUAUUACUGAUGAUUACUUGAAUAAAAUCUGUGAAUUUAUAUUUAUUAUUAUUGUUGCCUCUAUAAACACUACUUCUCGUCAUAUUACUUGUGCUCUUUAUGAUUUUGCGGGAAGACCAGAAUUAUGGGAUGAUAUUUAUGAAGAACAAGUAAGAAUUGAUAAAGAAUGUAAUGGGGAAUUAUUGCCUCAACAUAUUAACAAAAUGGUGAAAUUGGAUAGUUUUCUGAGAGAGUCUUUAAGGACUUUUGAUGCUGUGGCUGCCUUUCCUCACAGAUGUUUGGAAUCAUAUACAUUUAAAAAUGGCAUGACAAUUCCAAAAGGUCGUAUAGUUCAAACUUAUUUAAUGGAUGUUCAUUACAAUACCACAGCAUAUGGACCAGAACCAAGGUCAUUCCUUCCUUAUCAUGGUUUGGAAAAUAAUUUCUCUGCAUCAAAAACUGACAAAAAUUAUUUUAUAUUUGGUUCAGGAAAACAUAUUUGCCCUGGAAGAUUUUUUGCUGUAAAUGAAAUUAAAAUUGGUAUGCAUAAAUUAAUUUUAAAUUAUCACAUUAAGACACCAAGUGGAAAGAUUGAAAAAAAGGUACGUUAUGGACCUUUGGCUGAACCACCAGUUACUGGAUUAAUUUUUGAGAAUAGAAAGAAGUAG